UUUCUAGUUUCGAGCGUGUGGAAGCUUUUCUUUGUUUGGCUGUGAAGAUGGUUGUGAGAAAACAUGUUUUCUGUUUGAUGUCUCUUUCGUUCACAUGUUUCGCUUGUGGUACACUAUCUAUGAGAGUUCUUGGAUUUUUCUUUUUUCUUUCUCUUUGUUUGAGUGAAAUCAGAUUGUCCAUCUGUAAUUUGAUAAUGGUGGUUCCUGGGAAUAUUAUUGUAAAGAUCAAAGAAAGGGUUGUACCUUUUUAAAAUUCAUAUUAGAUUGUCUUGGCAUAGUUGUUUGUGUUAAAAAAGUAAUUAAGAAUAUUCCGGGCCGGUUGUUUUGAUGUCUGAUAGUUCGAUCAUCUUCUGACAUUUCCGAAUCAUCAACCACGGUGAAUUACUUGUGGUGUUGGAAUUCCAUGAUACAAACUAGUGGGGGCGGUGAGCUAUGGGGCAUUUCUCUUCAAUGUUCAAUGGGCUGGCACGGUCACUUUCGAUCAGGAGAACGAAGAAUUCGAGGAGCAAUUGUGGGAGUUGUGAUGGAAGGGAGGCUGUUGAAGCUAUGGCGAAGGACGCGAAGAAAAAUGACUUGAUAUUGAGGACCUCUGGCAUUGUUAACGCUGAGGGGUCCAAGAAUUUGGCUACUGUCUUCUCAAAGAGAGGAGAGAAAGGUGUGAACCAAGAUUGCUGCAUUGUUUGGGAGGAGUUUGGAUGCCAAGAAGACAUGAUAUUCUGUGGGAUAUUUGAUGGGCACGGUCCUUGGGGACAUUUUGUGGCAAAGAGUGUUAGAGAGUCAAUGCCGUCAUCUCUUCUCUGCAAUUGGCAAGAGACACUCGUUGAAGCUUCGGUUGAUCCUGAUUUUGAUUUGGAAUCAGAUAAAAAGCUUCACAGAUUCAAUAUAUGGAAGCAUUCCUAUUUGAAGGCCUGUGCUGCCGUUGAUCAGGAACUAGAACAGCACCGUAAAAUUGAUGCAUUCCACAGCGGAACCACUGCCUUGACAAUUGUUAGGCAGGGAGACAUUAUUUUCUUAGCAAAUGUUGGAGACUCACGUGCUGUACUCGGCACCACUUCCGACAGUGGAAACUUGGUAGCGGUGCAGCUCACCAUUGACUUCAAGCCCAAUCUGCCUCAGGAGGCCGAGCGGAUAAUUCAGUGCAACGGGCGAGUCUACUGUCUGCACGAUGAGCCGGGGGUUCACAGAGUGUGGCUGCCGCAUGAGGAAUCUCCCGGACUAGCAAUGUCUAGAGCAUUCGGGGAUUACUGUGUAAAGGAUUUCGGACUUAUUUCUGUGCCUGAAGUGACACAGAGACAUAUAACAAGUAAAGACCAAUUCGUCGUGCUGGCAACAGACGGGGUUUGGGAUGUUAUAUCGAAUCAAGAAGCAGUUCAGAUUGUAUCGACGACCCCCAACCGGGCCAAGUCCGCCAAGCGGCUGGUGGAGAGCGCGGCUCAUGCAUGGAAGCGGAAGAGAAAGGGUAUAGCUAUGGAUGAUAUAUCAGCAAUUGUACUGUUUUUUCAUUCACCUUCUUCAUGCGACCAAAUCAAUCUCUGUUCAUCUACAUUGAAGUGACAAUGUUAGUGAGAUGAAUGAAUGAAUGCUUCUGAUGAUCAGCUAUUCUUUC